AUGUCCACUCUGGCGCUGCUAGUUGAGGGCAGUGCAUGCGCUUGGGGUAAAUUAGCUGUUCUUCAUGGCAGUGAGACGAUUAACGACGUCAUUAGGGCGUUGGUGGAUAUCAUUUGCCAAUUCGCAUCUAUCUAUCUCCGCAUCCAAUCAGCUGCUGCUUUUUGCGUUCGCAAACAAGAUAAAGCGAAAGGUAAGCAGUUUUUAUCUGCUUUGGAAGAUGAAGAUAUUCAAUUAUUUAGAAAAAUGAAUCAGCUGCUGUAUAAUUCCCAACGUGGAACUGCCGUUGAUGCAUCAGUAGCAAUGUUGAAUGCAUUGCGCGAAACCCUUCGAGACAGUGCUAAUUCUGACGAUGAUCGGAUGGGAAGCCCUUUGGCUGCAGUGCUUUCGCAUGCCAUUUGUCAUCUGAAGCGUACGGAUGGCGCAGGCAGCCUUCACAAUGAUGCCACAACUACUUCUUCGUCUUCUGGUCGAAUUAUUAUUGUUGCAAUGACUGUGGAUUUUGGUACCGAACACGGUUAG